CAGUAUUUUGUUUAUGUAAGAUAAUAAGGUCUGAUUGUGAAUUUUGUCAAGUUUUGUGUUUUAAGUUUCCUUGAAAGUGUAGAUUUGAGCAUUCUGUGUAGCACUCGUUAUUCAUUUUACUAGGAUCAGUUUUGUUUUUCAUGGAUAAUGAAGGAAAUCACCAAUUUCAACAUUCAUAACUACUUUCUCCCUUCCUGAUAAACCUUGUCAUAAGUAGCUCUCUUUCACAAUUUGUAACAAUGGCAAGGUUGGCAAAUACUUCAUUUGACAAGAAAUUUUAUUUACAUUUUGAAUAUCCUACCACUUGCUGGUGAAAAAGGAUGAUACCAUGAUCUUGUGCACAUAGCCUCCCAAAUCUGUUCCUGAGACAUUUGUUCUAUCUCUGUCAUCGCCUACAACACACUGAAUAUGUCGCAAGAAGUUGUGUUUAGUUCGCAUGACGAAUCGCAUGUUGUCAUGUCAGAAAAAGUACGCUCCUUAGCUGGCAGUAUCUACCAAGAAUUUGAACGAAUGAUUGGCAAGUACGAUGAAGAGGUUGUUCAAAAUUUGAUGCCUCUCGUCGUGAAUGUUUUGGAGUGUCUGGAUCUCUCAUACACAGAAAAUCAAGAACAGGAGGUGGAACUGGAACUUUUAAGAGAAGAUAAUGAACAACUUGUCACCCAAUAUGAAAGAGAGAAACAGCUACGUAGAUCUGCUGAGCAGAAAUUGUUGGAGAUGGAAGAUGUCAUUGAGGAUGAAAAGAAAACUAUGGGAAGUAAAAUCGAAAGUCUGGAAUCAAUCGUUCGAAUGUUCGAAUUAAAGUUUAAAAAUUCUUCAGAUCAUGUCUGUAGACUGGAAGAGAAAGAACAAGAAAUGAAAAAGGAGUAUUCAAAACUCCAUGAAAGGUACACGGAAUUAUUUAAAACUCACAUGGAUCACAUAGAGCGUACCAAGAUUUUAAUGGGCUCCUCUGAUAGAGUUGACCUUCCUGGAAGGACAAGAAUGCCUAUGAGUCUUGCGCAUCUGAACAGAUCAUCUGGUCCGGUUUCAUUUGGGUUCAGUUCUCUAGAGCAAGGUCCGCCUGCGUUAAAAUCCAUGCCUAAUCCUGGAGAAUUUGGAGUUAUAUCUGGUUCACCGCAGGAUAGUUCGCCCUCUCAAAAUGAACUUAGUUUACAGCAAGAAUUCAAUUCACCUCAAGAUCUUUCUAUAUCUGAAGCCAAUGGUGACAAUCGGAUGAGAUGGUCAGAGACACUCAGUGCUGCAAGUAAAGAUAAUAGCCCGGAAGAAAUUUCUGAAGAUACUCCACCUCCUUCAAAAGCUGCUGCAACUCCUGUCAGUCGCAGCCACACUAAGAGUGAAAAGAGAAGUGCCAAUACACUUUAUCAAGAACUGAGUUUUCAAGAUAACGAGGCUCUCGGUGACGUGGAUGACGGUGCUGAAAUCACCGGCAACUGGGUUCAUCCUGGAGAUUACGCAUCAUCUGAACAAAAUGAAAGUGAUGCAGAAGGCGAAACACAACCCUCAUCUGUUAAUGAUACCUUCUUCGGUAUGGGCAAAGAAAUAGAGAACUUAAUAAUGGAAAAUAAUGAACUCCUCGCUACCAAAAAUGCACUGAACAUCGUGAAGGAUGAUCUAAUCGCUAAAGUUGAUGAACUUACUAGUGAGCAAGAAAUUCUCAGGGAUGAUCUAAAAUCAAUAAGCACAGUCAAAGCGAGGCUAAAGCAGAAAGUAGCUGAUCUAGAGGAUGAACUCAGGAGGGUGAAAGAAGAAUGCGAUAAAUUAGCCAAAUCUAGCAAAUCAGAUGAUGAGGAGGAUGUGCCUAUGGCUCAGCGAAAAAGGUUCACCCGCGUAGAGAUGGCUAGGGUCCUCAUGGAGAGGAAUCAGUACAAAGAGAAAUUCAUGGAGCUUCAGGAAGCUGUGCGGUGGUCAGAACUUCUGCGAGCCUCAAAAAAUGAUCCAAAUAGUAUAGAUAAAAAAAAUAAACAUACUUUUUGGAGGUUCUUCGACCGAUUAUUUAGUGGUGGUGCUGGUGGGGAUGGAAAUGGAUCAAUCAGCCGUUUAUCAUAUCCUAAUGUUCAAUUCAAUGUUCCAACCCACCAUGUAAGUCCAGCUAUGGAAUCAUUAAGGAAAAAGCAAAUACAAGAGCGGAAACGAGGAUUGGAUUACAUCGAUUCUAAUGACCUGUGCAGCGAGAAAGUGGGUGCGAGGAGAGCCUCAGAGCGAAAAGAGCAGUAUCGGCAAGUGCGAGCGCAUGUCGCGAAAGAGGACGGACGAGUUCACGCAUACGGGUGGAGUUUGCCGGUGAAACAAUCAGGCCCGUCCCCGACUCCACCAGUCAUUCCUCAAUCUAGUUCAACUUCCAACUCCCAAGUACCUGUCCCUGUCCCUGUAUACUGUCGUCCUUUAAUGGAAAAAGAACCCGGAAUGAAGAUUUGGUGUGCAACAGGUGUAAAUCUAACCGGUGGCGUAACAAGGGAUGGUGGAUCAGUUGUCGGAGCCAGUGUUUUUUACUCCUACAACAAUGCUAAUGGCUCUGAAAAUGAUUCUGAUCCAGAACCUAGCGAUUUAGAUCCAGCUCUAGCUGCAAUCAAUCAUGAAUUAAAGGAAGGUGAGCGGCGGCAAAAUGAAAAUGAGACGCGCGAUCACAUCCUAUCGUCUUUAGUCUGGAUUUGUACAAGUACACACUCAGUUAGCAAAGUAACUAUCAUUGAUGCAAAUAACCCAGCCGAUAUUCUGGAAGCUUUCAAUGUUUGUCCAUCUCAUCUUUUGUGCAUUGCCUCUGUACCAGGUGCCAAAGAGAUUGAUUACUCCAUCAAUGAUGAUCCUGAAAAUGAAAUAGAAACAGAAGAGUAUGAUCCGACGGUUAUGGAGAAUGGUGAUUCCGAUGAUAAUGUAACCGUUGGAAAAGUUACCUAUGUUAGUUGUGAAACUGGUAGUGAUACCUUGCAAAACUUCUCAUCUAAAAUUGCAGAAAGCCAAAAUGAUACAAAUGCUGGUGAAAGCAAUGGUGUAGGAGAUCCUAUUUUUAUAGAACAAAUUAAGACUGAAAUUCCAGAACCGGAUCCUGUUUCCGGGAGUCCUGUUCCUCCCCGGAGACUUGUGAAAGAGAUCAAAGAAGGUCUUGUUAAAGAUGGAAUAGCUCAAUCGACUGUUGAUAAUGAAGUUGCAACAGAAGAAAUGGAAAAAAUGUCAAGUCUUCUACCAACAGUCUGGCUUGGUUCUAAAAAUGGCUGUGUUUUUGUUCACUCUGCAGUUGCACAGUGGAGACGUUGUCUGCAUUCUGUAAAAUUGAAGGAUUCUGUCCUAAGCAUAGUCCAUCUGAAUGGGCGCGUAUUUUGUGCACUUGCUGAUGGAACUGUAGCAGUGUUCAAAAGAGGCAGAGAUGGUCAGUGGGAUCUCAGUCGAUAUCAUUCUGUUGUUCUGGGACCUUCUCAACAUUCAGUGAGAUGUUUGGUUGCCGUUCAUAAUAAAAUUUGGUGCGGUUGUAAAAAUGUUAUACAUGUACUAGAUUCAAUAUCACUCUCAGUUCAGCAUUCAUUUGUUGCGCAUCCAAGAAAAGAUAGUCAAGUGCGGCAGAUGGCAUGGGUUGGUGAUGGUGUGUGGGUUUCAAUCCGAUUAGAUUCUACUUUACGACUUUAUCAUGCCCACACAACAAAACAUUUACAAGAUGUUGACAUUGAACCUUAUGUUAGUAAAAUGCUAGGUACUGGCAAAUUAGGAUUUUCACUUGUAAGAAUAACAGCAUUGCUAAUUUCCUCUCAAAGGCUGUGGAUAGGAACAGGCAAUGGAGUUAUUAUAUCUGUUCCUCUGUCUGAAAGUGCAGGAAAUAACAACUAUGUGUCGAGCCGGUCGCCAGGAGGAAUGGUGCGAGUUUUCUCCGAUCCUGCUACAUUUCAAGUCACUCCCGCCAGUUAUAUACCGUAUUGCUCCAUGUCUCAAGCUCAAUUAUCAUUCCAUGGACAUAGGGAUGCUGUCAAAUUCUUUGUUGCUGUUCCCGGCCAAGCUGGAUUUUCUGCCGCCACGAGUUUGAAAGAAGAGGGGCCAAUUGUAAAGAAUGUCUCGUCUCCUGAUGGCCCAGCUUCCAUGCUGAUUUUGUCUGGUGGUGAAGGAUACAUCGACUUCCGAAUUGUUGAUGAUGAAGAAGAAGCCAGAGACGCAGCUAGUCACCUUAUCGUUUGGAGAGUCUAACGGAUUGUGUAGUAAAGAGCUCUUUAAAUCUGUGCCCCUUGGCCUAUUGCUUUACUUUGGCAUCAUUGUUGAAACCUGUACCACUUUUCUUGAGCCUCAUCAUGACCAGUUUCAUAGGAAUUUGCCCAUCUUCAGCGAUGCUUUAGUAAAUGUUCCUUUCUUUAAGACUAAUUUAAGAUGAAUUCUUCAAAAUUCACUUUAUUUUUGCUGACUUCCCCUGAUUCCUUGCACUCUCUCCUAGUAAAUUAUUUUACUCGUCCUUUAAUGGCUCCUCAAUUUACUAUCUCAAAUCUUAGGUUGAUCCUGUGCAUAUUCUCCUAACCAUCUCAUCUCGCCACUUGGCUCGAGCAAAAAGGAAAUCCCUUUCCUAGAAGCCGUUGUGUUUAUUAUUGUUUUAACUAUGUGUCUUAAUAACCCUGUAUGGCAUUUCUAUAUUCAGUAUUUCAUGUGUCUGUGGGCAUCUAUUACGCAUGUUCAACAUCUUGUUUGAGGUUUAGUCAUGAAAAGUUUGCAUCGUUGACUUCCUAUUGCUUUGGCUGCCUGUCAUGUAAAGUGUAUACUCUCUUCUAGAACUCUUUAUCUAGUUUAUUCUUUAAAAACAGCAGUUGUACAACUAUGAUUAAGAUAAAAUAUCGGAGCAACUGUUUUUAAACUUCUAAAACCUGUUGCAACUCAAAUUUUAGUAUUACUCUUUAAAGUUUUUUUUUCCAGAUUGCAGUGAAUUCUUUACUUGUUACUCAAACUAAAACCCUAAAAAGCAACAAUAGAACUACUAACUUUGCAAACAGUUUAGUGUGCUGUCAUUAAAGUCAGCCCAUUAAUCUUAUCUAUUUCCGGCUAAAUUUAUUAUUUUACAUCAGAAUAAAGAGCGGAAUUAUUCUUCAGCUCUAAACUUUUACUCUUCAUCUGUAUUUCUGAAUCCAAAUAGUGUUGAACUAAUUAAUUUUUUUAACUACCAUAGCAUUUUUGAUUUUUUGGGAGAUUAACCCUUUUGUCAACACAUUAGUCUGGCAUCAUGAGACCUCAAGUCCAUCCAUCUUUUUUGAAGCUCACUACCUCUAAGAGGUAAAUGAAAUAUAUAAGUAAAGUAGACAGGAGGGAGGAAAGAAAAGGAAAAAGAAAAACAUGCAAAAUAAAUAUAUUAUAUAUAUAUACACAAUAAAUCCUUGCGCACAAGUUUACCCAGUCCGUACCCUAUUCAAACUUAUGUUGUACCAUGCUGCUGUGAGAGGUAACACUUGUAAUUUUCUCGUACCAACACCAUUUUCUCAUUAAUGAGCAUUGCACCAUCUCACUCUCUUAUAUAAGUUGACAAAGCAUCCUAAAAUGAAAGGGAGCUCUGUAUAAUAUCCAGUCCCUUUUAUUUUCAUUUUCUCUCUAAUUCACUUCUUACUCUGUCUCUCCUCAAUCUAACAAUUUCCCUUCCCACCCUCAUCCCUCAACUUUCAAGAAUUGCUUUGCAUUUUGUGCAUUUCAUAUCGAUUGUUAUUAUAGUUUUUUCCUAAUAACAUUCAUAAGCAUUUUCUCCAUUGUUAAUUAAAUUUUGGUAGUCAUUCAUUCACCUACCAUUCCAGGAUCUACAAACGACACUUUUAAGAUUUGGAACCGAAACUGUCCACAGUUUCAAUUGGACCACAUUUUGCAAUAAAGAACCUCUAAUUAUCCGUAAACCCACCUUCACAGGGAAAAUAAUUGCACAUAAUGUGCUGUCUCUUAAGAGGCAAAUAUUUUUCAGUUUGGAACUUCUCUGGAGGUUUUUUCCAGUGAACCAUCAUCGCCGUUACCAGUAAAUCCGACCUAAUAAUUUUCUAUGGAUUAAACCUAUUUUAGGACCACCUUGCAAGGUGGUACCAAAAUGAUGCAUCAAUAUUGCGAUUUGUAAGUCUCCAAUUUGGAAGUUCUGAGCUCAAAUUAAACCGAAGCAGCCAAGGCGCAGAAGUAGUCCAGUACCUCAAAAUAAUAUUUGCCUAAAUAAGCCAGAGCUAAUAGUUCCUCAUUACAAAAGGUAGUCCAAUCAUUCGCAAAAAAGUAAGGCAAGUUGCGCUUCGACAAACGAUGGACAGAUUGAGUGCACCCUUAAUUUCUUACAGUUUCAACUAAUUCUGUGAAAGAAAUUAAAAGCAAAGGAAUUUCCACAAUAAUUACAUUAAUAAUUAUUGAAUUGCUUAUUUUUAUUGUCUUAGACAUAAUGAUAAUGAAGCAUGAAACCCACUUACUAAAGUUGAUCCGUAAUUAUGUAGCCUGCAGUUCUUUUACCCAUCAAUUUUUUAGCCUAAUAAUAAUAUUGCAUGAGAGAGAGGAGUUCAGAUUUGUUCUUUUUCUAUAAUUAAAACUAAUACAAGGCCUAAAACUAUGAAUAUCUCAGUUGCCGCACAGUCUUAGUUGCGAGCUACUCGCUCAGAUUUUUGGAGAAUUAGAAGAAAACAUACUAAAAUUAUUUCUGGUUUUUAUGGGCAUAAUUGAAAUUAUGACUUCCCGCCAUGCAAAACUUGCAACAUGCAAACGCCAAAAGCCAAAGUUGCUCGGCAGCAGGUGACAACAAGUCGGAGCAACUAACAGUUACGUAGAUGCAGGGUGAGCUAGUCGAUGCCGAAACACGUCUAAUGACUGUUUGAGGGUUGUUGCCCAGCAGAAGGGUGUACCUACUAAUAAGGAAGUUUUGAAAAACAACAUAAAUCGUCCAUCAUCGUCACUAAUCACAAAUACAUUUUUUCUCAACCUCUUCUUUAGGUAGAACCCUCCUACUUUGUGUUUUACAAAUACCUUUUUCAUUUUUUAUAACAAGUCCAUUCGAUGACAUGGCCGAAAUGGAAAAUAUAAGUUAAGCCAACCAACAUGAAACUGAUAAUCUUUUUAAUUCUGUUACAAAAAUUGAAAGAAAACGGAUUUGGCACUCAAUUUUCUGCUCCUCCCUUUCUCUCUUCAAAAUCUGUUUGAAAGUUAUUACAAUUUUUA